AUGCACGCAUUUGCAAAUAAACCUGGGAACCUUAAUGUUCCAUACUAUGACCCAGAGUCGCUGAUGAAGUUCAAGCAGCAGGCGGUGGAGCUACCUGGAACUCGAAAGGAUGAUACAGAGACUGGAAUCUUCCGGUCCGCCUUGUCCCCUGGAGAACUCGUCAAGGAUUACCCCGGUAUCAAAACUGUCUACGAUCUUCUUGAGCAGGGUAUCAAGACCAACCCGAACGGUCCUCUACUUGGACAUCGUCGGGUGAUCGGCCGGGACAAGACUGGAGCAUUGCAAUGGAGCGGCUAUACGUGGGAAACGUACAAAAAGGUUGGUGAGCGGCGCCUCAACCUUGGUGCCGGUUUGCAGCAGAUCUACACCGAUGUCGUUGGUGGCGACGCUGAGGACAAGUACAACAUUGGUAUCUACUCGAUCAACCGCCCAGAAUGGCUCAUCACAAGUUGGGCAGCGGAUGCGUACGCGCUUGCCACCGUUGCUCUCUACGAUACGCUCGGUCCCGAGACCACAGAGUUCAUCCUGAAUCACGCUGAUGUCCCGAUUGUCGUGACCUCCAUCGACAAGGUGCCUAUCUUGCUAAAGCUGUCGGAGCAGAUCCCGACCCUCAAGGCGAUCGUUGUCAUGGAGUCUUUGACACCUGGUGCCACGAACGGGCCAUCUGCGUACAGCGUCCUCAAGCAAUGGGCCACAGAAAAGGAGAUUGCCUUGUAUGAGUUUAAUGAGGUGGAAGAGUUGGGUAAACAGAACCCCGUUCCUUUGCGAUUGCCCGUUCCAGAUGACAUUUGGUGCAUUUGCUACACGUCGGGAACAACCGGAAACCCCAAGGGUGCACUGUUGACACACGCCAAUGCAGUUGCCGUCCAGCGCGCUACCGAAAUGACAAUUCCUAUGUGGAAGGAUGAUAUCCAUUGUAGUUACCUCCCGCUGGCGCACGUGUUUGAAAAGGUGGUCAUCAACUCGGUUGUUGUCAAGGGAGCCGCCAUUGGCUUUUUCCGGGGUGAUGUUACACUGUUGAUGGACGAUUUCACCACCUUGAAGCCCACUACCUUCCCCUCGGUUCCUCGUCUUCUCAACCGUAUUUACGAUAAAAUCAACCAGGGAGCCCUAGAGUCUGGCUCCGCGGUGAAGGCAGGCCUUUUCCGCAUGGCACUCAACUCCAAGCUUGAGGGUUUGAAACAGGGCUCACUAACGCACCCUGUUUGGGACCGCCUGGUUUUCAAUAAGGUGAAGGCGGUAAUGGGUGGAAAAAUGCGCUUCAUCUUGUCUGGAUCUGCUCCCCUUAGCAAGGAUGUUAUGGCUUUCUUGAGGGCCGCUUUUGGAUUCCAAAUCUCCGAAGGCUACGGUCAGACCGAGUCCACUGCUGGUUGUGGUGUCACCUGGCCUGGGGAUUACACUGUGGGCCACGUGGGCCCGCCAAUUGCUUGCCAAGAAGUUAAGCUUGUUUCGGUCCCGGAGAUGAACUACAAUGCAAACGACAACAAAGGAGAAAUCUGGAUCCGUGGACACAACGUCUUCAAAGGUUACCACAAGGACCCUGAGAAGACUGCGGAGACUAUCACUGAAGACGGCUGGCUUAAGACUGGUGAUAUCGGUUCCAUUGACGAAAAGGGAAGAAUCUACAUUAUCGAUCGUAAGAAGAACAUUUUCAAGUUGGCACAAGGAGAGUACAUUGCCCCGGAGAAGAUUGAAAACACGUACAUUAAGAGUAACUUUGUUGCUCAGAUGUAUGUCCACGGUGACAGUUUGCAGAGCGAACUCGUCGGUGUGGUGGUCCCCGACCCCGAGUACAGCACUCAAUGGGCCAAAGACCAUGGUCUCCUCCCCGCCAACACCCCGGCCGGCGUACCACUUAACCCUGCGCAACCUCCCCAACCCCACAUGGUGGAACUCUGCAAAAACCCCAAAUUCCGUAAAGCCGUUCAAGCAGAUCUUGACAGUUUUGGAAAAGCCGAUAAACUUCGCGGUUUCGAAUUUGUCAAGGCAAUUCAUCUGGAACCCGAAGUGUGGAGUGUGGACAACAACAUGAUGACACCGACUUUCAAGUUGAAGCGAAAUGAAGCUGCGGAUAAGUACAGGCCAAUCAUUGACGCAUUGUACGAGGAAGUAGCAGCGGCCAAAGAAGCCCCGGUAGAAGCACCUAAGGCAAAGCUUUGA